AUGUUCCUUGACAAAAUAAAACCAACUACAGAAAUAAAUGACGCAAGACUGAAACAUUGGGUAAAAGCUUUCCCAUUCACAAAAGAUAUUAUUGGUAACAUGGAAAGAAAACCAGAAUGGCUACAAAAACAUAUAUUUGGAAACGAGCUUAUUCCAUAUGGACAAGCUCUGUUUGAAGAGCUUGAACCGGAAACUCAGGAAAGAGUCAUGCAAACAAUACGCGAAGACUCAAAUACAAACUAUGACAAAAUCUUUCUAGGAUAUAGGUUACCUGAGUUGGGCGACCAGAGCCCAAAGGCAAAAAGGACAUGGGAAAUUUACAACAUACUAG